GUGUGGUGCACCGUGCUGAAGUGAUCGCUUUCCUGUGUUCUUAAUGUGAUCUUGGCAAACUGUACUUUUUCACUAUGAGAAGUGAAUUGGCUUAUAUAACUCAGUUGCAGCAGAAAAUGCAACUUAUGAUUUUUCUUCCUUGUUGGAUUUUUCCAAUUCUGUUGAAUAUGUAAUUACAACUAUGGCAACAAAAGUAGAAAUAAGUUCUACUUUGGCGUCUUUGACGACAGUACCUGACUUAAAUGAACUCACAAAGGAGGAUAAAUCACAACGUGUGUACGUAAGUGUGCUUUCAGAUGCAAGUAAGAAGACAAAUGAACCCUCAGCAUCACUAACUCUUGAAGAGAAGAGCAAAUUUGCAAGUACUUUGAGAUCUGCAACAAUGCCCACGCUAGGAUCAAGGCCAAGGCUUUUCCCAAAGCCUUUUUCUAAAGAGAAAUCUUCGGAUACUUUUGCAAAUGUAAAAACACCUGUUAUGGCUUUCAGAUCAAGUAAUCUUAUUAGAAAGGCCACUGAAGAAACAUCACCUGUUAAGGUAUUAAGUGGAAAUGUUCCCUCAUUAGUAGACCAAAAGGUAAUUGAAAGUGAAAAUAAGGCUAACAGUGAAGUAGUCACAAAUAUGUCUUUCUACACUGGUCCCAGUGCUAAUACCGUCAUCCUUUUUGAGACAGCUGGCACAGAACAGUCAAAGGUCGGGCUGGCAGAAGGAAAAAGAGCUGCUGAUGACCACAGAGUAUUUAGUACUAUGCAAACAAAAGAACUUCAGUGUAAUGCAAAGCCUGAGAAACCAUCUCAGCCAUCUGAGAUAUCCAGGAAAGCUGAAGGAUCUAUUCAUAGGCAAAUAUCACUUUCCUCCAGUGCUAGGCCAGUCUCUUGGAACUCCCUCAAAACUCGUGAAAAGAAAGAUGGUUAUGAAGAUCUUACUGGGGAGAAAACCAAUGAUGAUACAAAUGAUAUCAACAGUAAAGCUGGUUUCUCUGAUGUGCAGCAAAGGCCAAAACAUAGACCAGUAUCUGCUGUUUUUCUAGAAUCAUUAAGAGAUCAAAAGCAUCGCCCAAUAGAACCUUCGGAGGAAAAAUCUCCUACAGAGAAAUCCUGGGUUAGAAAACCAAGGCCUUUGUCCAUGGACCUGACAGCUAAGUUUGAAUAUAAAGAUCUUUCUUCCUGCAAAAAGACUUGCUCAUCUCAUGAGAGCAAGGAGAACAUAUCUUUAACUUAUUUUACUGACAUGAGCUGUCAUGAGCAGUCUGAAAUGGGGCCAAGAAGUGAAGAAAUGGAAUUUAAUAAAGACAGUUCUUCUAAAACAAACUUGAAGCGCAGUAGUCAGGACAUUGGCGUCCUGAAUGAUGGGAAGUACGUUUGGGAAACACAGCAUAAAUCUAAAAGUGAACAAAUUGAGGCAAAACCAGAAAUAGUGACUAACUUGCGUGGUUCUGAAAGAAGCUGUGAAACUAGUAGUGUCAGCAAAACUGAUAAGGAGGCAAAAAGAUUGGAUCAAAAGGAAACUUGUAUGUUUCUAGCCCGUGAAAGUCCUGCAGUUUCCUCAGAAAAAGACAACAGUAUCAAAAGGGGUAGUGUUAAAAAACAUGUUAGUUUGUUUGCUUCAGAAAAUCCUAGUACUCCGAUGGAUACAGAGCCUCUCUCAUCAACUGCUGAGAGGGAAAACAGAUACAUGAACGUCCAACAGAGAAUCAAAGAACUGACAACAGAAAAUGCAGAUGCUAAGCCAGGAAAUCUGCGCAGGUCACUUCAAUCACGACCACUUUCUGCAGACUUAACAAAGAUGUUUUCAAGUCCAGCAUCAACCAGUGAAGUCAAGCCUGAGAAACCUGUUGAAAUAAGAAAUGACUCUACCAAUGAAAUGCAAGAAAAUCAAAAAAGUAAGGAGACCAAGCUUCCACAUGGCACAGAUUUCACUGAAGCAUAUGCUAUUGGGAAUCCUUGGAAACCCCGCCAGAUUUUAAAACUAACAAAUAAGGCUAAUCAGACAGAGACAAAAGGAAACUUACUUGGAGAUAGUCACCAUUUUUCUCUGCAAAGUGAAAAUUCUGUCUCGUUCACGAGCAGCUUUGAAAAAAAAUUAAAACCAACCACACUAAUGGAAAAGACCUAUGUUAAAACUGUCCGAGCUACCAUGUUUGAUCAUAAUAUUCAGAGACAUAAUGUUGCUGCUAGUCAUCCUGGAAUUGAUUCUGCACAGAUGAAUAAUGGCCUUGAAGGAAAGCAUGAUGUGGUGACUUUGGGGCAUAACAGAGGAUCACAGGUGGGAGAAGUGGAGGAGACAACUAGUUUAAAGCAGUAUCACAAUCAAUCUCAUUCAUCAAAGCAGAUAACAGAUGCAGAAAAAACUGGAAAACCAGCUUGUUCAAAUGAAGGCAAGAAAAUGACUCGGGCAAUUCUAUUAGAAAAAUCUGCUGUUGCGAAAAGUGAAAAACACACUCCUAAAAAUGCAGAAGACUCUCUAACUUACCAAAGAAUAGAGCCAAGAUAUGAAGUCUUUCAGACAUUUGGUGAGAGAGCUCUUAGUGAAGCCAUUACAAUGGCACCUGAAAAAAAAGCUGUGACACUCAGAACUCGAAAAUCGUCUGUGAAAGAGCAGAAAAAUGACGGGGAUGUUUUACACAGUGAUCAGCCAGCCAGACUAAGUAAUAAAAUUGACUACUUGAAAGAAGGUGGUAUUAUUUCAGAAACUAAAGACACAAAAGCUUUUCCAAACAGGUUUACUUUUAAAGAACCUAAUGAUUUUUUCCCUGAUGGAUGUAGUUUAGCUGAACAGAAAAAAGACUCUAGUAAAACUGAACCUGAUCUGAUAUUAAUAGCAGAGAAAAUACAUUAUUCUACAGACAAAAGUAAAUGCUUGGAAAAAAAUGAACAAAUAAAUAAACCACAUUUUGAAGUUAAAAAUGAAGAGAGUGAAGUCUCUUCCGUAGAUAGAACAGAGAGGUCUAAUGUGACUAAAUAUUUUUCUGAGAAAAGCAGCAUAAAACCAGGCAGAACAGAUAACCGUGACCUGAGAACCAGUUCUGGUCAUGAAGUUAUCUUAACCAGUGUAAAUAAACACGGGGCCCAGUCUUCAUCAGUGCUUUCAAGUGGACAAGUAUGUAAAUCUUCCAGUAGCCACCAUCCCGAUAUGGAAGUACUAACCAUUAGUAAAGAGGAAUCUAGAGCCUUUGAUUUAAGGAAAUGUCUAGACUCAAAGAGUGUAGAAGAAAGCUUUAGCUUAGAUAGUACAGCACAUGAAAACAGAGAUAAAUUCAGAGUAAUAGGACCAGAGGAAAAGGUCAGGAGAACCAGAAGUAGCAAUGCAGACUUGAAAAUUUCAGAAAGAUGGAGAAGGAAGACCUUGCCUCAGGAUUCUAUCAAGACAGAAGUUGGUUUGCUCACUCCUGAGAGCAUCAAAAGUCUGAACAGGACAGAAUCAUUACAAUUGGAAGAAGGCUCAGUUAAAAAGAGAGGUAAAAAAAGCAAAGAAGGAACGGUAGGAAAUGAGGCAAAUCAAACUGUUCUUGGCAGUCCUGACAGUUCCUUGAAAAAUCAGAGUGCUGCUUUUGAACCAAAAGCAACUUAUUUUGCGGUUACUUACCAGGUUUCUGCAGACAAAAAAGAAAAGAGCUUUGAUAUUCUUAGCGCAAGUGAAACUAGUAAAAUUCCUCCCUCAAGGGAGGUGGUAACAACUGAUCUGGACCCAGUUUUUUCCAAAAGGUCCAAGCCUGUGUUACAGCAACCAAAUAAAAAUAUAGCACAUACAAAUUGUAGAGAAGACUCACGAGAUGUAUAUAUUAACAAGGAUUGGGACAAAGAGGAAGAAAAAAAUGAAAUUAACUUUUCCAAAAACAUUGCAUUCACUAAUUUUCGUGUAUCUGGGAAAGAUAACCAAAAGCAUCAUGAAAGGAGUCUGGAUCAUUCUAAAGAGAACGUUAUAAAUGUUGAUGCUUUGCUGUUAAAACAGGACCUGGAAAAUAAAGCUCAAACUGAUCUCAAAAGUAGCGGACGAAAAGUCUCUUCUUACCGUGAACACAGAUCCCCCUUACAUUUUGAACAAUUACAUAAAAACAAUGAACUAGUAACCCAGAAGAGUAGUGAAAAUAAUUAUGAUUUAUCUGGAGGGAAGGCUGAAGACGGUUAUAGAUUGCGAAUUCUUGAUAUUGAUGCACUUAUGGCAGAAUAUAAAGAAGAAUCAUUGAUUCAGGACAAGCUUCCUGAAGACCGCAGUUUGUUUAAUAGGGAGUUACCAAAGAACAGAAGAAAUAUGUCAGAUUGGGCUUCUCCCUCCUAUAGCUGGAAAGAGAGGAAGGGAUCAGAUCACUGUUCUCUUAAAAACAAACAAGGUGACUGGGCAGAAGAGUACAACAGGCCAGAGAAAUUAAUCUUAAAUGAAAAGAACAGUGAGAAACUGGAAUCCUGUGGCCCUGAAUUUGAUAAGCAGAAGUCCAAAGACAGAAAGUUCAGCCCUCCUUACUGGGGAAAUCCUAGCAGCUUGUUUUCAGAUAAGUUUAUAAAUUCACCUGUGGAGUUCACCAGAAAAAAAACAUUCAUCAUUGAUGAAGAUCAAGAAAUGAACUUAACUUCCAGGCAACAAAGUUCAAAAUUUGCAAGUGACAAGGUGCAGCCUACGAAAGCAGUUGGUACAGACCAAAAGUUGAAAAUUAAUUUGGCUUCUAAGUUGUCUGUAAAGCCUGAUGUUGGCCAGUUACAGAAGAAAUUGGUCACAAAAGAACAGUUCUUGCAGGUGGCUCCAGAAGGUGACUGCAGCAAAGAUGUAACAAGGAGCUUUGUAACUAAGAACAAAGACGAUGCAAAUAAGACAUCAUGUGACAAUGACUUUUCCAAUGUGAAGAAUAAGACUGACUGGAAGAACUACACGUCUACUUCAGGAAAUGCACCGCCAGAUUUAAGACGAUCCUAUUCGGAAAAAAGCAGCCAAGGAAAAGACAACAUACCACUUAUGAAAGAAGCCAGGGGAAGAAAGGAUCUGUAUCGAUUCAGACAGAGCUUCCCACUGGAAAGUACGGAAAGUGAGUGGAAAAAAAAGACGUCAUCUCAAUUGGAAACUUCCUUCCAUGAAGAUAAAAAGGCCUCUGGAAAAGAGUGGACCAAGCAGAGUUCAGAAAAAGCAGACGGAACAGACUUUACGUUGGUUUCUAUUCAGAGAAGAAGCCAUAGUUUUUAUAAAGACAGAAGGGCUGAUAACUGGACGGAUCAGCUGAAGCAAUGCUUCUCCAGGCACCCCCCUGAGGCCAAGGACACCGACACGCUGGUGCGGGAGCCCGACAGUCAGUACGGUACCUGGAACGAGCAGCGGCACAGUGGGGACAGCUUUGCGCCCGAAUCUCCUUUCUCAGAAAACAAUGCCAUUUCCACGAGAAAGCAACCACCUAACAGCCAGCCGUCUUCUCUGUCCUCUCAAACGGAACCUGCCUCCCUGCUUGAUCACCAUGAUUCCUCAAAAGAACAAAGGAGCACAAGUUUGGAUCGUUCUAGCACUGACAUAGACUCCACUGAUGGGACUGAUUUACCUCCUCCAGGAGACUCCUACCCUAAUGAAAAGACCACUGAUUUCUCCUUCAUUGAUCAAACCACUAUCCUGGACUCCAGCGCGCUGAAAACUCGUGCACAGCUCAGCAAAAAGAGACGCCAUCGGGCUCCCAUUUCCCACUCUCUCAGAAGAAGCAGAGGGCCGGAAUUUGAAAACAGGUUUUCUUUGGAAGAACCAGACAGUUCCUGGAUGUUUAAAGAUUCCACAGAAGAGAAGAAAACUAUGCAACAGGAACUUCCUGUGUUUCCAGGAAUGGACCACUCUGUUCUCAAGGCCCAAUUGCGGAAAAGACAAGAGUCUGAGACUCCUGGUGAAUUAAGUUCUGCCCAGCGGUUUAAAUCCCCUAAACCACAAUUGCAGCAUGGAGUUCCUGGUAGCAGACUACUGCCCUCCAGUGUAGAGAAGGAGGACAGGUCAGAAGAAAAGUCUCCUCAGUGGCUGAAGGAGCUGAAAUCAAAGAAGAGACAGAGCCAUUAUGAGAAUCAGGUUUGAAAAGAUAACGAUGAUAACUAGGAGACGAUAUAGAAGUUUAACAGAAGCCUUAACUCAUCUGAACCUAAAAUUCACAUGUCAUGUUGCUGCUGUUUGCUUCCUGCCUCAACUGCUAUGUGCAUGGUGCCUUCCUGUUUUGUGGAGAAAGCUGCUUAAUAUUCAUAGUCAAAUACAAAGCUGUAUCUUUUCAGAUAUGGGAGGAUAGUCACUUUAGACCUACCUAGAAGAAGAGCCAGUGCUUCAUAGUUAGCACUUCAGAGAGUUUUAAGAUUGUAAUGUUUGAUCUAGGAGUGCUGUGCAUCAGAAAAGUCCCCCUCACUGUCGAGCAAAGACUGUAUUUCUACCUUAUAUGUUCAGCGGCUCAAAAGUAUGACUUCUGGUAGACAUGUCAAGUGUAAGGCUGGUUUUGUAUUUGUUUAUGAAAAUAACAAUUUUAAUCAAUUUUAUCUUUUUUGUAAAAAAGAAAAAAGUAAGCUCCUAUAUAGAAUGAAGUUUGUGCAAGGUGAGAGUGAAAGAACAAAUUAUGUUUACUGCCAUACUGAAAAAGGAAACUUGAUUAUUUUUUGUAAAAUGUAUUUUUGAUUGGCUUAUAUUUAUGUGUGAUCUGCUGAUCUAGCAGACGAAUAUAAUUUUUAGAUGAACAAAAUGUUAAUUUUUGUCAUUCUUGAAAUGGUAUUCUGUGUUUUGUCAGCAUGUGGAAUAAUUGCUUCAUUGGAACGUCUUUCCUAAAAAAGGAUCAAGCAAUAAUGUCAACCAGUUCUCUUUAAAAAUAAAUGUAAAUACUGUUUUUUAUUACAAAAACGGAAGGGAAGAGGGGAGGAUGUUAAACUCAUAUCAGGGUUCCAGUUAAUUACUGAAUGUCACUUUAAUAGUAGUUUGGAUAGUCCCACUUCAUAUUUUUAUUCAUUAAUCUGUAAAUACCUGUUUUACGUUUUUAUUUCUAUGCUAAUUUUGCGGGAUAAGCUAAAUUUGUUUUUCAGUUUCUCAAAUGAAUUACCUGUCAUCUUUUGGUAAAUCUGUGGUUAUAUUAGCAAUGUAGAUAAUCUCCUGCAUAACACUGGUGUUCUGAAUAUCACUGAUAUCACAAAUAUAUUAAUAUCUUUGGCGAUAGAUUCUGAUAUAUCAACCAAGAUGUCCAUUUAAGACACAGUUUAUUCUUUUCCGGAACAAGUGCUCUUUUCAGAAAACUUUUAAAAAUGUAACCCAGCAAGGGAAUUUAUUCUGUCAUGUCAGUAUUCCUCACAACUCAGCUAAGAAAGUAGCAACAUGGGAAAAUUGAGACAGAGUCAACUGAGUUCUCCUCAUUUUCUCUUCUGGUACCCUUCUGUAGCAAAGGGUUUGGCCAGGGCCUCCUGCAAAGCCAACUGUCUUAAAGCCACUUUGACCAGCAUGGCAGUGGAGGAGAGGCAGGAGUGAAUACAGAUUGCUGCCUGUUACAUCGCGCUUCCUGUGCCCUGCUGAUAGGGUUCUCUAAAUAUUCAAAAUAAAGCACCAGCACUUGAACUCCUUUUCCUUAUUUAUGAUCAGCAUUUCAGAAAGCUUGAUUUUUGUGGGGCUACCGCGAGGGUGCAUGUGUUAACCGAAGUGGCGUGCCUGGUCUGCUGUCUAGCGAGCUUGUAGCUGCCAAAACUAUGUGCCAAUUCUCCUCAUGGAGAAGUCGCAGAUGAGGUGAUUUUUUUACUCCCAGUCUGCUCUUAGGAAAUAACAGCAGUAUGUCAAGAGACAAGUCCCAUAUGCAUAUCUCUCUCCCAGAUUCAGUUCCAAAGCAGUUCUCUAUAGUUAAUGGAGAUAAAAUGAGUAUGUUUCUCUAGUUUAAAAGUCUUCAGUCGUUGCUUGCCCUAGUUCACAUUAGAGCUGGUUUAGGGCCUCUUCUGCUACCAGUCAAGAAAUCAUCACCAAGAUUUCUGCCGAGUAUUUCCUUUUUAUGAGGCUUGUUACCUAGGGAAAUGGGAGAUGGACUUCCAUUUGAUUGCCAUUGACCAGACUAUUAAAGAGCUACUGUUAACUAAUUUUAAAAGGAGUUGCAUGUAUUUUCUUCCCUUUUCUUUAGAUGAUGGUAGAAAGGCAGCUCUUUUCUGAAAGCUUUGCAUGUGUGUCUUUUUGGAGAGAGAUGUAUAUUUGUUAAGACAGCAUUCCAAGUGUGUCAUCAGUUGUAUACCAUGCAUGAUGUAUACACUUCAGUUAGUUUUAAGCAGCAAUAUUUGUAGGUGUGAUAGAGGAAUCAUGAUUGCUUUUCGUAUCAUUACUCAAGUCAAGUGGGACUUACUUUUCAAAGUAUCUAGAAAUCAGGUAAAUUCCCCCUGCUUACAAGAAUAUUUACACAGGCUUAAUUUUAGAAUUCAGCAGGUUGACAGUGUCUCAUUACCAAUAGUUGGAGGAUUUAAUGCUUCUUGGUCUAAUAAAUGAAGACCAGAAAUGAUUUAAUUAAACUGUAAUAUUUGCUCUGUGUGUGAGGAAACUGAGGGGAAAAAAUAUUAGGUUUCCACAAAGCCCUUUGAAUGUAUAUGCAUUUCCACAUCUGCUUGGACAAUGCACUGAAACUUAGCUGUAUUUAGUAGUUUAACCUACUACUGAGAAAUGUUAAUGCUUAAAUGUCUGAUUAAAAAGCAUCUUUAGAAUGUUA